CCCCUGCUCCUUCCCUCCGUCUUGCUCCCGAGGAACAAGGCACAGCCGGGCCCCCCUCGGCACAGGAGAGCCCCGAUCCAGGCGCAGAGAGUCGCCGGCGUGCCCCCAGGAGGAGCUCCCGUGGAUGCUGGAGGGAGAGGAGCGAGGCCGAGCCAGGAGGGCGUCAUCCCCACAUCAGGUUGCCGGAGCAGCGGCAGCAGAGAGCAGGUGACAGUUGGGAGAGGAACAAGGAGGGGGAACCCUGCAGAGGAUAUAUGGAUGGUGCCUGAUGGGGAAAAAGGGAGCACAGACUAAGAACUGGAGCAAAAUGUCAGAAUCGAAGUUUAAAAAGUAACACAGAAAGCAAGAGAAAAGAGCCUGUGGCAUCCAUGUAGGAAAAUAUUCAUUUCUGGAACAAGCUUUGAACCCGAGUAAGAAAUGCAAGCAGGGGAGAAAUUUUAUAAAUGUUUGGAGUGUGGGAAGUGCUUCAAACAGAGAAGAAAUCUUAUUAUACACCACAGAAUCCACACUGGGGAGAAACCACAUAAAUGCUUCGAGUGUGGAAAGAGCUUCAGCACAAGUGGGCAUCUUACUCUACACCAUAGAACCCACACUGGGGAGAAACCACAUAAAUGCUUGGAGUGUGGAAAGAGCUUCAGCAGGAGUGGAGAUCUUACUGUACAUCACAGAACCCACACUGGGGAGAAACCACACCAAUGCUUGGAGUGUGGAAAGAGCUUCAGCAGGAGUGGAGAUCUUACUGUACAUCACAGAACCCACACUGGGGAGAAACCACAUAAAUGCUUGGAGUGUGGAAAGAGCUUCAGCUCGAGUGGAGAUCUUACUGUACACCACAGAACCCACACUGGGGAGAAACCAUAUAAAUGCUUGGAGUGUGGAAAGAGCUUCAUGCAGAGUGCACAAAUUACUGUACACCACAGAACCCACACUGGGGAGAAACCAUAUAAAUGCUUUGAUUGUGCAAAGAGCUUCAGCUCGAGUGGAAAUCUUAAUAACCACCAAAGAACCCACACUGGGGAGAAACCACAUAAAUGCUUGGAGUGUGGUAAGAGCUUCAGCAUUUGUGGGAAUCUUAAAAAACACCAGAGAACCCACACUGGGGAGAAACCACAUAAAUGCUUGGAGUGUGGAAAGAGCUUCAGCACAAGUGAAAUUCUUACUAUACACCACAGAACACACACUGGGGAGAAACCACAUAAAUGCUUGGAGUGUGGAAAGAACUUCAUUCGGAGAGGAGAACUUACUGUACACCACAGAACCCACACUGGGGAGAAACCACAUAAAUGCUUCGAGUGUGGAAAGAACUUUAGCACGAGUGGAGGACUUACUGAACACCACAGAACCCACACUGGGGAGAAACCACAUAAAUGCUUGGAGUGUGGAAAGAGCUUUAGCCAGAGAGGACAUCUUACUAAACAUCACAGAACCCACACUGGGGAGAAACCACAUAAAUGCUUGGAAUGUGGAAAGAGCUUCAGUCAGAGAGGAGAACUUACUGUACACCACAGAACCCACACUGGGGAGAAACCACAUAAAUGCUAUAAGUGUGGAAAGAGCUUCAUUCAGAGAGGACAUCUUACUAAACAUCACAGAACCCACAAUGGGGAGAAACCACAUAAAUGCUACGAGUGUGGAAAGAACUUCAGACAGAUUGGAUCUCUUCCCAUACAUCAUAGAACCCACACUGGGGAGAAACCACAUAAGUGUUAGGAACGCGGAA